AUGGGAUUGAUGGUGAUGGCUGCCCGCGUACUUGCGCUGCUGCUCGCGGUCCUAGCGCCAUCCGUUCAAGCGAGCGAUCCCAGUCCGAGUUCGAGUGCGACCACUCGCACGUCGCCGGAGGGUUUGCACAUGACCGUCAUCCGCGAGACGAUAUUCAUACCUCGCGAGACGCAGCCUGUGGCCGUACAGCCACCAUCGAGUUCGCUGGUUCCGGCUUCAGGUCGAGCCGCAGAGCCACCGGCCGACAUCAUCACCAUCGUCACUAAGCUCCAAGGUCAGUGCCGUCGCUCGGUGACCUCAUCAGUCCCGAGGCUGGCUCUUCCGCUUGCAUGAUCGCGCACUGGACUGAACCUUUUCAAUCUCAACUCGUUCUGACUACAACUCUAGCACUCCAUCCCUUGGUCACCUACUUCGUUCACCAUCCAAGUCGCCUCGUCGUUGUACUCGCUCCCAAGCUCGGUUGCGGGCUCUACUUCGUUGCCUCCCUCGUUCUACGUCUCAUCCGAUGGCUCGUCCUCACCUUGAUCUACAUGCCCAUCCGCAUGGUCAUCUCAAUCGUCAUCCAACCUUUCCUCCCCCUUUACCGGGCUGUCGUCUCCCUCGCCCCUGUAUGGACCAUGCUGCUUGGCGCGCUCGUCAGCGGCAUCGCUAUCGGAGUCUUCACGGGCCUCUCGACAGCCGAGCCGACGCGAGAAACGAUCGUGGCGGCGCAGGUUUUGGCGGCUCGCUUGGUCUCCCUCUCCACAUCGACCAUUUCAUCGGCGAGCGCGGAAAAUCGGAGAGAAGCGUCGUGGGAAAAAAUGCGGUCGUCCACUUUGUCCUCGAAGAAGCACACGAAGGGUGGGCUGAGGUAUAGGGGCCCACCCGAACCCAUCUCGGCUCCCGGAGGAUGGACCGAGCGUAAGCAGAGAGCAACUACAUAG